UGCGCCGGCGUGCGCCACACACAUCUGCACCGCUUCGCCACGAUUGCGCCGGCACGCGAGCGGGUCCAGGUGCGCGUCGCCAAUGGCAGCCUCGACGUGGAGUAAGAGCUGCGCUACCCAUACGAGACGAAAGUUGAUGAUGUUUCCGCAGCAUCCACUACCCGGAAUCUUCACAUUCACCGAGCCUGGGCCAGACCUCACGGGCGGCACUUCUCUUCCUGCCACGAGGCCCAUUACUGCACGACCCGCAACAUGACGCCCUCAAUAUCACGACCCUACGGAGUACGCUGGCCUGUCCCGUGAUCCAGGUUCACUACAGAUAUGGCGAAGAACACAAGUUCCCAGACCCAGUGUUCGACUUGGCUGCGGCUUACGAUUGGGUUGUUGCAAACAUGCUUGCCAGCAGCACGUCCAGUCGAGAGCCUGCUGCCAAGAUUGCAGUAUGUGGCGAGCUGCUAGGGGGCACGCUGGCAUCCGCGUUAGCGCUCACAGAAUGCCGUCCAAAGGAACCGGCAGCGGUGGUGGCAGCGGCAAUCAACAACCCAGUGUUGAACUGGGUCGACUUCGGAACAACGUCUGAAGGUAUCGAAGUGCCUCGAAGGGAAACCGUGGCACGACUAUCGAUGCACGAAAUAUGCGAGGCAAGAAGGCUGCUCUUCCGCAAUGCAGCAGAUUACUUCGACCCAUUCGCGUCUCCGAUUCUCUUUUUCCGCGCGGCAGGUUCGAGAGUGCCGCCGCCAGCACCUGAUGCAAUGCAGAGAAUGAGCGAGAUGGAUGAAUUGAUCCAGGCCGAACAGGAUCAGCUUCUUCCACAGGGGCUUAGCUCUGAAGUUCCGCCAGCUGUUGACAGCGCGUCAUUGCGCAAGUCCUCUCGGCGGUUUCCGAGCAAAUCGCUUGCUCUCAGACUUCCACGAUUUAGGCUGUGCACAGGCGUGGAGUCGCAACUUACUGAACAGGCGACUGAAUUUCGACGUCUGCUUCUGAAAUCUUUCGAGAGGCAGAGCAGAGUGAAGUCACCUCGAUCGCGGGACAUGGAGCGGAUGCAGUUGCCGUCCCCUGAACAUAUGGUCCUCCAGGAUGAAGUCAAGGGCCUUGGUGUAUGGGAUGACUCUGCAGAUGCAAGGCGGCGCAUGCAAGAUACAGCAUAUUGGCUCGCGGAGGCUUUGAGGGAUUGAUUGCGAGAAGCACACCUCACGACUCUACAACAACACGCAGUCGACUGAGAGUCAUCUGUUGGAUCAGCGAAAAAC